AUGGAGACCGCCGUGGGCGGCACUGGGGUGGAUGAUGGCGAUACGACGGUGAAUUAUGAUGGGGAUGGGGACGUGUCGACGGUGCUGCCAGACGAGCUAUGCACUGGUGCGUGUGAUGGGGGGCGAUCGGGCGCAGACAUCGCAGCAUGGAAUGAUAUAUAUACCCUUCGCACGGGCUGGACGGAGCACUGCGAUCUUCGGCCGUGGGGAACAAACACGCUCACCUUCGACGCGCCGGAUGGAACGUUCUCAAGCCUGCAUUGGGCCAUCGCAUCACCCGUCACACCACGUGCCGCCCCGUCCUAUCACAGGACCCGCUUCCGCUUCUGA